AUGAAAAUCGAGAAGAGAACAAAUCCAAAUCUUCAAACGAAGAAUCGCGUGCCCAGCAAUAAAAGAAGGGGAUUGCUUUCCUCCAUAACAAUCAUGCCGGAGUACCAUGAUCCUAGAAACUAUCGCCCCAUGCACAAAUUCAUCAUUGUGUGUGUCGUAGCGUUUGCAGGUGUUUCCGGGCCUAUGGGCACUUCCAUCUUGCUUCCUGCUGUGGACGAUUUGUCCACCAACCUUGAUACCACCCUCACCAUGGUAAAUGUUUCCAUUGGAGUAUACAUGCUUUCGGUGGGAAUUUUCCCAAUGUGGUGGUCGAAUUUCUCUGAGAACCACGGCCGCCGAACCGUCUAUGUCAUAUCAUUCUCGUGGUUCCUUGCCUUUUCCAUAGCAUGUGCCGUUGCCCCAUCCAUCGGGGCAUUAAUUGUUCUACGGUUUAUGGCGGGAAUUGGAGCCUCUUCCGUUCAAGCAUGCGGCGCAGGAACAGUCUCUGACUUAUACAUCCAAGAGGAGCGAGGAACAGCCUUGGGGCUUUUUUACUUGGGCCCACUUCUUGGACCUUUUCUCUCCCCCAUCAUCGGAGGUGCCGUGGCAGAGGCUUGGGGCUGGCGUGCCACCAUGUGGGUCAUGGUCGUAGUCUGUGGACUAAAUUUGAUUCUGAUUAUCUUCCUCCUCCCCGAAACACUACCCAAGAACAAUUUCGAAACAGCUAAAAUGAUAGUCCGUGAAACAUUGGAUAAGGAUGAAAACUUAUCUGAGCACAGCUUGGAACGCAUCGCCACAAACCUUUCUCAGACUAUGUCUCUACAGCGUCAAAUUCGGGACGAGGAGACUCCCGUCGACUUUUUCACGCCGUCAUUGCUGCGGAUUUCCACGAGCCAGUCCGCAUACAGCAAAAGAAUAAGAGACCAAGAGUUGGCAGAGCUUGAAUCCAGAGACCCAGCAGAAAAGAAAUCCUGGAAAUCUCACAUUUACGAUUAUGCGAUUAGGCCGAUGCAUGCGGUUAUUCUCUUAUCGUAUCCUCCUGUCUUGCUCAUCAUCACAUACUCAAGCAUAACAUUCAUGGGCGUUUAUUUUUUCAACAUCACGAUCUCAAACUCAUACGCCAAAGCCCCCUACAGUUUUUCCCCGGUCAUUAUUGGUCUCAUGUAUAUCCCCAACUCCGUGACAUACUUCAUAGCUUCGAUUUAUGGAGGCCGCUGGAAUGACUGGCUCAUCAAGCGCAGCGCUAGGCUUAAUAAUGGGGAGCUUCGUCCUGAAUCAAGGCUUUCAUGGAACAUCGUGAUGGCCGCUCUCGUCUUUCCACCAGCAUGUAUGAUUUUUGGCUGGUGCCUAGACAAAAAACAGCACUGGGUAACUCCACUAGUUGGAAGCACCUUGUUCGGCCUAGGAUCCAUGAUUGUUAUUGGCUGCACAUUGACUUAUUUAACCGAUCUUCUACCGGGAAAAGGGGCCACAGGCGUGGCCUUGAACAACCUCGUUCGUCAGAUUUUGGCUGCGGUUGCGACUUUCAUAACUGAACCUUUGAUCAAUGCUUUAGGCACAGGUGUACUAUUUUGUAUAUACGCUGGUGUCGUUUCUGCAUCUGUGUUAUCUGUUUGGUAUUUGAAAAGAAAAGGCGCCAUUUUGCGAGAAAAGUAUGACAUCACGUCUUACUAUGCAAAGCUCUAG